AUGAAAGCUGAUUCAUCAUAUGUAGAUCUUCUUUCCCCAUGUCCUAUUUAUCCUAAUCCAAUGUUAGCAUUUAGUUCAAAUAUACCAAAUUCAGGAAAUCUAUUCUUAUCUGAUAUCUAUAAAGAUUUAAAGCCAUUGAAUUGUAAUGGAGUUACUAUAACAACAACAACAACAACAACAACAGUAGCAACCACAGCAAUAACAACCACAACAAUACCAACACCAAAUUGUACAUCAAUACUUGGUGAACUAUCAACACCAUCCACGUAUACAUCAAACUUUACUUCUAUCUAUUGUAAAUCUUCGAAUUCUUCUUUCAUUUCACCAACGGUAACAUCAGCAACAUCAAUAACCCUAAAUGAUACAUCAUCAACAAUUAUGACCAAGAUUUUUGAUUUGCUGGAAACUAUUUGUCGAUCUAAGCAUCUAUCGUUUGAAGAAAAGCUAAAAAUUCUUAUGAAUAUAGCUGAAUAUGUUAUUAAAUUUUAUGAAUAUUUAACUAAUUCAGAUACUACUUAUAACUUUUCACAAGAUCAUGAAACUCCAUUGAAUCUUACACAACCAAAAAUGUUGAACAAAGAAACAAAUAUCAAUACAUCUCCUUCGUUUACUUCAUCGGAAUCUUCUUCAUUCCUUUAUCAUUUCAAUCAACAAAAUUCUCCUGAUCAAUCAAUUAAAUCUUUAAAACAAUCAUUUCUAUCAUCAACAUUAGAUAGUAAUCCUUCAACUAAUUUAAUCAAUCAAAUACCACAAUCUAUACCUUGGUUACCAAAAUCAGAUCCAUUGUCAAAUGGAUUCAUUUGUACUUCAAAUGGUAAUACUGAUGUAACACUUUCUGAAAGUAAUCAUACUUCAUCAUUUAAUUGGUUAUCAUCAUUUUCAGAUAGUAAAGAAUUACCAAAUUGGUUAUUAGAACAGAUUAUAUCAACUAAUGAAAAGAUGAAAAUUAAUUCCAUAUCCCAAUCAAAUGAUGUAAUUACUGAGACAAUGUUAAAUUAUUUAAAAUUUUGUUAUUCAAAAUUUUCAACUCAUGAAAGUCCAUAUGAUCUUCAUCAUCUUCCUCUUCCUCCUCCUCCUCAUCAUCAUCAUCCUCAUACUCAUCAGAAUCAUCAUCUAUCUCAACAACAAAUUCAAUUAGAAAAUGAAUAUUUAACCCAAAUGAAAAAAUUUAUAAAAUUAUCUAAUCAAGAAUAUACUACUAAUAAUAAACUACUUAUUAACAAUAUUGAUAAUCAUCAACUAUUACGUAAUGAGAUUGAUUCUAUUGAUAAGAAAUCAAUAAUACAAAAAUCAUUAAUAUCAAAUACAAUUAAUCAAUUACAUGAAAUGAUUGAUCAAACAAAAUUUAUAUUUAGCAAAGAUCAAACAAUACCGGUAACCAUGACAACACAAACAUCAGAAAAUAUGAUAUCUGAUAAUAUUUCAUUAAAUGGUUCAAUAUUCAAUAAGAAUGAUGGUGAUAAUCAGUCAUUAUCAACGUAUUUAUCAUCAUCAGCAUCAGCAUCAGCAGGAGCAUCAGCAGCUGCAGCAGCGGCAGCAGCAGCGGUAGCAGCAUCAGCAGUGUUAGGACUUUCAUCAUCUAUGGAAUAUCAAGCUAAUACUACUACUACUACUACUACUACUACUACUACUACUACUACUAAUAGUAAUAAUAAUUGUAGUUUUGUAUCAUUCAAUGAAAAAUUAAAGUCUAUCUCCGAAACAAACAAUAAUCAAUAUGGUUUUCCUAUACCAUCUAUUUAUAAUAAUAAUAAUACUAAUCAUCCAGGGGAUAUCGUUUUAAUGGAUACUAACUUAUCUACUAUACAAACACCAAUCAAUAAUAUUACAUCAUUGGUUAGUAACCAUUCAAAAUUAAUUGAAAAAGAUGAUCCUUUAUUGAAUGAUGAUCCUAAUCAUAAUAAUAUAUCAUUAUCUAAUGGAAUAACCUAUCAUCAAUCAAUAUUUUAUAAUCCUACUAUCAAUACUACUAACAAUGAACAUGUUAGUAAUAAUGAUCCAUUUUAUUUAACACAGAAUUCAAAUGAAUUAUGUAAUCAACAUAAUACAUCAUUAUUAAAGUUAACACAUUAUAAUUUAACCAAUAUAUCAGAUCCUAUUAAUGUUAAUUUAAAUUUAAUUAAUACUGUUCUUCCUUCAAAUGAUCCAGAUCAUUAUCCUCAACAUCAUCAAGAUCACCAAUAUCCUAGAACUAAUCCAAAUACUACUACUACUACUAAUACUAAUACUACUAAUAUAAAUGAAGAUAAUGAUAGUAUAAAUGAAAAUCAUCAAAUUUCUAAUCAUAAAUUAUCUAUAUCUACUACUUAUAAUGAUAUUGGUAAUCAUGAGAAAGCUUAUCAUUAUUCAAUAAAUCAAUAUCCAUUUACUAAUCAAUCAAUAAAAAAGAAAAAUCUAGAAAAAUUAAAGAGAUUAAAAACAUCUUAUUAUCAUCGAAAUGAGAAUAUAGAAGGGGAAGAAGAACAAGAAGGAGAAGAUGAAGAAGAAGAAGGAGAAGGAAAUGAAUUUGAUUAUGAUAUCUUACAUAAGACUCAAUCUAUUCAACAAUAUCAAACACAAAUGAAAUCCCAACGUACAACUAAAUCAAAUCUUGAUCAACGUAAUGAUAAAUCUUCAUCUCAUAUUAAACGACCAAUGAAUGCUUUCAUGAUAUGGGCAAGAGAUGAAAGGAGAAAAAUUUUAAAAGCAUGCCCUGAUAUGCACAAUAGUAGUAUAUCGAAAUUUCUUGGAGCUAAAUGGAAAUCUAUGAGUGCUGAAGUUAAACAACCAUAUUAUGAAGAACAAGCUAGAUUAAGUCGUCAACAUAUGGAAGAACAUCCAGCUUAUCGUUAUAGACCACGUCCAAAACGUACAUGUAUUGUAGAUGGUAGAAAAUUACGUAUAUCUGAAUAUAAAGAAUUAAUGCGUUCAAGAGGAGAUUCCACACGUAGACAAUGGAUUAGUUCAACAGAUGAACAAGCUCAAAAAAUUGUGGAAGAUAUUUUAGAUAAUACCCUUUCAUCUAUACCUCAAUUAAGUCCAUCAUUAAGUUCAAUAAAUGGAUAUGAUGGUGAAUCAAUAUCAUCUAAUAAAAAUGAUAAUAUAACUCAAACUAUAUCAGUGAUGUAUUCAGAACAAUCUACAAUAAAUAAAAACGGACCAAUUGAAGAAGAAGAAAAACAACAACAACGAGAAAAGACUCAAAAGGAAAACGAAUCAAUGCAGCAUAAACUAGGGGUCAAUGAUGAAAUGGAUCACGUUGCUAUGGAAGCAAACGAAAAAAAAGAAGAAAAGGAGAGAGAAGAAAAACUACAAGAAGAACAACGUGAAAUAGAACAAAGUGAUAAAGAUAACAAGAAUAUGUGCCUUAAUAAUUCAUCUAUAUAUCAUAAUGGAUCAAGUUCAUUAUGUAAUCAAUCCAUUCAUGAAACAACCAUUGAAUAACGUUUUCUUUCUUUUUAAAU